AUGAAAAUUGUUAUUGCCACAAGAGUAAAUCAAUUUUUCAUUGAAGUGGGUGCCCAAGAAACAGUUGUUGAAAUCAAAAGAAAAAUAGAACAAAUCCAUGGUGUUCCAGUGGCUUACCAAAUCCUAACAGUUUCUGGAUGGGAACUAGUUGAUGGAUUAGACAUGGAAGAUUACCCAAUAGUCACUGAAGGCACAAAAGUAGAUCUCGCCAUCAAGCCAGGGGAGUCGCAUAUCAUUAACUGUAAUAGCAAGAUACAAAUCACUGUAAAGUUUCCAGCUAAACGGACUAACAUAGAGGUGGAUCAGACGGAUACCGUCCAUAGCUUGAAGGAAAAAAUUCACAUCAUUGAUAGUGCCCCCAUCAAAAGAAUGUCACUUUUCUUUUUGGGGAAGGAACUAGAUGAUGAUUUUCGAAACCUAAAUGAGUAUGGUAUUUGUGAAUUUUCUGAAAUUAUUGUAUUCCUCAAGACUAUGAAUCGGUCCAAAGAACCAGCAUCUACGAAGGUUAGCUUUGUGGUACAAACUUCCUCUAGUUUGCUUAAUGCAGCCACCAUUCCAUUGGAGAUGAGAGAUAUAAGCACUAUUAAUGACUUGAAGCAGCUGCUGUUAUGCAGAAAAAUUCUGCCAGUUGAUGACUAUCUCUUUGUACACAGGCAGAGGAUCAUGCGUGAUAGUUGUAGUCUAAGGUGGCAUGGAGUUGAAAAUGGAGACUAUCUCUACGUGUUCAAAGGGACGGUUAGUCGCAGUGCCUGA